GUAAAAGGUCUGGCAGCAGCAGAUGAAUGCCUUCACAUUAUCACAAUUAACAUAGACGUCCAGAGCGUGCAACGGUCUAAAAGCAUCCUAAUUAUUUUGUUCUUCACGAGAAAACCCUUUCUCUCUGCUUUUUAUUUUUUAUUUUUAAUAUUUUGAAUUCUUUGCCUUUUAUAUGGUAGUAAUAAUGAGUUGAAACGCGAGAGAUAAAGCUGGACAGUGAAUGUAAAGAAGGAAUCUGAGCUGCCAAAUGCCUUUUUUUCCUCUUCCUUUUCAAGCUAUCAAAAACUAUGCCUGACGAUCUUUGCUUCUUCUCUAAGGAUAUUUUCAUCAUAAAGGCUCCUAAGAAGUCUCCACUGUUACUAAGAAUGGUUGUUCUGGUGUUUGUAAUGGUCUGUGGUGUUUACACAUGCUCAAUUUGUCUUAAGCAAAUUAGCAUCCACAACAAUCCUGGAAUUUUGAGUGUUGGAGUGAUUGAAAAGCCAUGCCCAGAACCUAAUAUUGAACCCUGGGAAAUUCCUUAUGUGCACUACCCUAAGCCCAAAACUUAUAGCAGGGCUGAAUGUGCAUGCAAUCCGGUGCGGUAUUUUGCCAUUCUGUCAAUGCAGAGAUCUGGGAGUGGAUGGUUUGAGACUUUAUUAAAUAACCAUACUAACAUAAGCUCAAAUGGAGAGAUUUUUUCUGUUAAAGUGAGAAGGAGUAAUGUUUCAAUGAUUACAGAAACUUUGGACAAAAUUUAUAAUCUAGACUGGCUAAGUAGUGCUUCCAGGAAUGAGUGCACUGCUGCCGUUGGUUUAAAGUGGAUGCUCAAUCAGGGUGUGAUGCAACAUCAUGAUGAAAUAGUCGAGUAUUUCAAAACCAGAGGUGUUUCGGCAAUCUUUCUCUUCAGGAGAAAUCUUUUGCGCAGAAUGAUUUCAGUACUUGCAAAUUCCUAUGAUCGAGAAGCUAAACUGUUAAAUGGGAUCCACAAGUCUCAUGUUCAUUCACUUGAUGAGGCAGAGAAACUAGCUAGAUACAAACCCUAUAUCAAUGCUACUCUGCUGAUACCCAAUCUGGAGCAAGUAAGAGACACAACAACAAAAGCAUUAGAGUACUUCAAGAGCACCAGGCACAUAAUUCUUUACUAUGAGGAUAUAGUUAAAAAUCACACUAAAUUGCUAGAGGUUCAAGAUUUUCUGAAGGUUCCACAUAGCGAUCUUAGGAGUCGUCAAGUAAAGAUACAUAAAGGAUCGUUGUCUAACCUGGUUGAGAAUUGGGAUGAAGUCCUAAAAACUCUCAAAGGAACAGAUUAUGAAAGCUUACUGUUUGGAGACUAUAGGAGGUAAAGCUAAUGAUGUACAUAUCGUGUUAUACAUCUGACAUUUUUCCCAUUUAUUUUUAUAGUUGUAGGAGCCAACAGGAAUUCUACCCUGCUGAAAUUUUGCAUUUUGUUUUCAGUUUCUUGUUUCUGAAUUUUCUUUGUCGUCCCACCAAAUUAAUAUUUGAUUUAUUCUUUUCUCUAUGACUUGUUUUGGAGAAACUCUUGUAUUAAAGCUAAUUGAGAGAAGGAAUAGCAGUUCCAUGUUUUGCA